GAGGUGUGUCUUCUGAAGUUUUUGUCUCCCUAUCUAUAUGCAAUCUAAAGAGGCAAAAAGACAAUUGCACACUUCCUGAAUCAAUUGUUGGACCCCAUUCAACAAUCCCAUUUUAAAUUAUGACUACUUUCCUGAUGCUUACUUAAAACUGCGCAGAUAUAUGCGCCUCUUGGAUAUAUUUCGGAAAUUGCACUUGAGACUUCUUGCCCAGCCGGGACAAAUCUGUGUCAUACCAGAUGUUCAUAAGCUGUUUUAGAGUUUAGAGGUUUGAUUUGUGUACGUCUUUCAUUGAACAAAGAGAAAAGAAUUUCAUAACCAUAAUGUCUACCGGUACCGUAAUGUAUGAGACUAUUACAAGCUUCCAAGGAAAUCUCACGACGGAACCAACUGAGAUCCACCCGUCGGUACGGAAUGAAACGAUGAUGCUCACGCUGGAGGAACUCAACCAAAUCGAGGUACACAGGCGGCUCGCUCCCAUGAUCUAUCUGGGAAUCCUCAUAGUCAUUGGAGUUCCAGGAAACUUAACAGUCCUGUUCGUCUAUCUCCUCAAAUUCGACAGCAGUACCUACCGGACCUUCAUUGUGGCUCUGGCACUCAUCGAUUUAGUUGGGUCCGCAGUCUGUAUGCCGUUUGAGAUUAUUGAAAUGAACUUUCAGUACACCUUCUAUGCAGUUGGAGCUUGUAAGUUUUUUCGCUUUAACAAUACUUUCGUUGCGCUAAUGUCUAUCUUUGUUCUAUUGGCCCUGUCUGCUGACCGAUACAGAAGAGUCUGUAGGCCGUUGAAGCCACAAAUGAGCGUGUUCAUGGCAAGAGUCCUUUGUGGAGUGGCAGCGCUUCUCGCCAUUUUGUUCUCAUGGCCGAUAUUGUUCUUGCUUGGAACUAGACAUGUGAGUCUUCCCAAUAAUGUCACUGGGUACGACUGUUCAACAAGCGACAAGUACAAAAAGACGAUCUAUCCGCUUGUUCACGCGGCGAUCCUUUUUCUCACCUUUGUUGUUUCAAUUGUUUCGUUGAUAGUCAUAUACAGUCUCAUCGGUCGGAAGAUAUUCAAGCACGUACAAUUCCGGAACACAUUCAGAACCACAAAGUCAUCGUCCAUCUCCUCGGGAAAAACAUCUUCAACGAAACUUCCCAGCGAGGGAAAGGAGACAGUUGUUCUUGUUAACGUCAACAAAGUGACGUCAUCAACAGACGCAAGAAAACAGUCUAAUGGUACCGAAUCAAAGAAACCCGUCGCAAAGCAAAACGAAAAGAGCGACGAGAAAUCAAAGAACAAAAUCACCAAAAUUGCGUUCGCCAUUUGUCUGGCCUUUAUUUUGAGCUACCUUCCUCAUUUGAUCAUCACGGUCUGGACUGCGGUAAAAGGUGGGUUCAUUGCUCCACCGGGGCCCAUUGUGUCUGCUGUGUUGCCAAUAGUUACCAGGUCCAUUUUCCUUAACAAUAUUGUGAAUCCUUUCAUUUACGGAUUCCUUGACAGAAGAUUCAAAAAGAUUGUUUUAAGCUGUGUUUGCAAGAAAUAGGCACAUGAUUUUAAGGCAAAACACCAGCUCAAUGUUAUAUGUUUUUAUUAUAAAUUUUAUAUAAAUUAUAAAAUGUACAUUUGUUAACCUUCUUUGAUAUUAUAAAUAAUCAACAAUCUCUUCCUAUUUAUUCACUAACGUUUCACUUUGGUUUGAACUUUAAAUUAAUAAACAGAAUGUUCUAUUAUAUAAUCACGUGCUAUUUUUAAUUUUCACGCAGAUAAUCAUUUGAAUUUUCAAGUUUUAUCCAUGUGAAUAAUUUCUAUUAAUUAAGCGCGUGAGUAUUGAAAUGUGGCGAUAUCUACCGGAUUUGUAAUUCAAGGUGCAAAUUUGAAAUUACCGUAAAACUCGAUUAGUGCAAGAACGGACAUAGCGGAAUCGUGUAAAUAUCCGAAGUUUGGUUUUGUCUGAGUAAGCCUUCAAAUGUUACAUUUACCAUGGAAUCUGAUGAAAAGAAUAAAUGAAGAUUGCUAAUUGAUUUAAAUUUCCGGUGAGUUGGUUUGAUAUAUUUGAUACUUCAAUUAAUAACAUACAUGUACUUAGUAAUAAAUAGAGGUUUUUUGAAUAUGUAACAUCAAAAAACUCGUAUCGGUCUCCGGGCUGAUAAGGAUCCGAAUAACACCCCUUGCGGAACUCCUCUACCUUUUUUUCGUUUCGGCAUUUGUUUAUUUUUACAGACUAAAAAUAAAAGAUAUGUUACAGUCGACAUUUUUAAGUGCAGUUGAAAAGUUCAAAUGCUAGCAAAUGUUUUGGAGCAGUUAAUUUUACAAUCUGAGGAAUUUCUUUCUGUAGCUAUAUGUUUGGUAAAACAGAAAGAUUUCAUUUUUUUUUUUCACACAUGUAUACAGACUACUUUCAAAUAAUAUCUAAAAUCAAUUUGUUCAAGUUGAUGUAUUUUUUUUUUAAUUUUAUUACUAAGUUAAAAAUAAUAAUACAUACCAUUUUUCCAUAUCACAGCCUGUAUCAGCCAUCGACCAAUAUCAUUCAUCGGGCUGAUAUUAGAGUCUCGGUUUGAUACUGGCUGUGAAAUGGAAAAGGGUGUGUAUUAUUCUUCAUGUACAAACCCUGUAGCUGUAGGGAAAAACACAACAAAUUUGCUAUUCAUUGUUAUCAAACGAUUAGAGUCUAUCGAUUUCAAUUCAACUAUAUCACAAUCUAACCUAUCAUAUACACGUAGUUUAAUGACAGACACACCAUGGAAUUUUUCAGAAGAAAAUAUACUGCCGGGUUUAAAUACUGUAUAACUUUUUCAUAUAAAAAAAUUAUAUUUAUUAUGAUAAAUUCGAUUUUUUAAAUCAUCCUGCUAUUUACACGUCUUUACACGGUGAAAAUUGAAAAACUAUCCCAGAUUUUAAAUACAUGUAUUGUGACAAAUGCAUUUUUAAAGCAUGCUUUGAGAUAAUACAAUCACAGCUUUAGAGUGAAAGUCGAAGGAAUAUAAGCCUUGAAUGUCAAAGAUCCUUUUCCUGGUUGAAUUAUUUUUUCGUUUUUUAUACACACGCUGCCUUGCAUAAAUAAUUAAAAUGUUUUCAUUAAUAAAUUCUAAUGAACAAUUUCCCACAUUUAACACAAUGAUUUUAAAAUAUUGUUUCAUAUGACUUUUAAAUUCCAUUGGAACCAAAUAAAAACCUAUGAACAUAAUUAUCAUCUUAUUGUUUUAUUUAUUUGAAGAAAAAAAUAUCAACAUACAGUAGAAUGUUAAUACAUGUGUAUAUCAAUAAAAACAAUUUACAUUCAAACCUAUGACUUCGUAAUACAUGUAUACUAAUGAAUAUUGUAUAAACAACCUUUACAUGAUAUUAUGACAAUGCAAACGACUUCAGAACAAUGGUUUUCUUUAAGUUUAAAACAUUUUUCUAAUUCAAUAUAUGAAGUUGUUUCAAAAAUGUUCCAAAAAUGAUUUCAUUAUAAUAACAAAAACCUAAAUGAAAAACAUGCUAAAGGUAAGAAAACUCACAAAUUAAAAUUUAUAGAUCUACAAAAAAUAUAUAUCAAAUACUCAAAAAUAACUCAUUUAAGAACUAUUCUUUAGAAUAAGUCAAUCAUUGUUGAUAUUUUUAAAGUGUUUUAAAUGCAAAAUUAUUUUCAUUUUUUUUUCGUUUUUAGAAUUUAAAGUAUUUCACCUUGAAAAAUAUUUUUCAGCAUAUACCUGUGGUUACCAGUAAUACAUUUAUUAAAGUUAUG